GAUUCUUCUCCCCCCCUCUCUCUCUCUUCUCUCUCUCGCAAAACACUCUUCUUCUUGUUCUCCCUUUUCUUGGUUUCUCAAUUCAGUCCUCAACACAGUACUUAGGGUUUCCCCUCAAACGGCGCCGCUUCUCUGAAAUUUUACCAAUGGCAAUGGAUCAAUCCUUUGAAGAUGCUUCUGGAGAACUCUAUGGAGAAGGAGCAUUUUCUUUCAAGAAGACCAAACCUGAACCAGUCUCUGUCUCUCUUCCUUCUGAAGAUACCAAUGUUGAUUCCAAUUUUGACUGCAACAUUUGCCUAGACUCAGUGCAAGAACCGGUUGUCACCCUCUGUGGCCACCUCUUCUGCUGGCCCUGCAUCCACAAGUGGCUUCUUGUACAGAGUGAUGAACACCAAACACAUAAACAAUGUCCUGUUUGUAAAUCCAAAGUCUCUCACUCUACACUGGUUCCUCUGUAUGGCCGAGGCGGUGACAAUAGUCAGGACAAGGAUAAAAACAGUGCUGUGCCUAGAAGACCGGUUUACAAGCUUGAGAUGGCGAAUUCAAGUACCGAUCUCCGGUUAUCUCAACGGGUUCAAUUCAAUAAUUCAAAUGAAGGUUACUACCCUGUCUCAGGGGUGAUGAGUUCGAAUAGUUUGUCAUACUCUGCUGUUAUGGAUCCAAUGAUGGUGAUGGUUGGAGAAAUGGUAGCUACGAGGCUGUUUGGAACAAGGUUGAUGGAUGGGUUCACGUAUCCGGACACUUAUAAUCUUGCAGGGACAAGUGGGCCGAGGAUGAGAAGGCGGAUAAUGCAAGCUGAUAAAUCGCUGGGAAGAAUCUUUUUCUUUAUCAGCUGCUGUGUGGCUCUGUGUCUUAUACUGUUUUAGAGUUCUUCUCAUCAGCUUUGUACUACUUGGUUCACUUUCUAAAAAGUGUGAGGAAACAUAGACAAUGAGGUGUAUGUACAUUUGUGUUGGUUAGAACGAAUCAAAGUUGCUUAAUGUUGGGUUACAUGUUUGUAUAGAUUUGGUGUGAGGAUAGUGCUGUCCAGAUGGAAAGGCCAAGUUGGUAGGCCUGAUUUGCAUGUGUGUAAUUCAUCCCAUGGGUAG